AUGCAAAUCAACAUUUCUACCACCAUUUAUGUACGAGUGUCUUAUGACACCAAGCCUGAUCUGCUGCUCCACCUGAUGACCAAGGAGUGGCAGCUUGACCUUCCUAAGCUGCUCAUAUCAGUCCACGGGGGCCUGCAGAACUUUGAAUUACAGCCUAAACUCAAGCAGGUCUUUGGAAAAGGGCUCAUCAAGGCUGCCAUGACAACCGGAGCCUGGAUAUUUACUGGAGGAGUCAAUACAGGGGUGAUUCGCCAUGUAGGUGAUGCAUUGAAAGAUCAUGCUUCCAAAUCAAGGGGGAAGAUCUGCACUAUUGGUAUUGCUCCUUGGGGCAUCGUUGAAAACCAAGAGGAUCUUGUUGGCAAAGAUGUGGUACGUCCAUACCAGACCAUGUCCAACCCAAUGAGCAAGCUCACAGUUCUUAACAGUCUCCACUCCCACUUCAUCCUGGCAGACAAUGGCACCACAGGAAAGUACGGUGCUGAAGUCAAACUGCGACGUCAGCUAGAGAAGCACAUCUCCUUACAGAAGAUCAACACACGUGAGUGGAAUCAACAGUGUCCGUCUGACAGAGGUCUUGUCCUGUGUAUCCAAAACCAGAGGCUGUGCUUUUAA